AUGGGAGGCAAUAAGACCAAAAACAGAGUAAAAGUCAUGCGAAGGCGAGAGAUCGUGCAGAAAGCGGAAAAAGAGCCAGAUGUCAGAGAGGAUGAAAUAAACCCAGAUCUAAGAAAGUACUUCGACAUAAACCACAACUUAAAUCCGCCAUACAACGUUAUCCUCGAUACCAACUUUGUGAAUAUGUCGCUCAGAAGAAAGCUGGACAUAGAAAAAGAGCUUAUCACGUGUCUGUACAGCAGAGUGAACAUGUUUGUUACAGACUGCGUGAUUGGAGAGAUGGAAAAGCUUGGAAAAGUGCACACACUUGCCCUCAAAGUUCUGAAGAGCGAUAAGUACAAGAGGCUGACAUGCGACCACAGUGGAAUAUACGCUGAUAACUGCUUUGUUGAUAGAGUGAAACAGCACCCGUGCUACAUAAUUGCUACGUGCGAUAAAGAGCUAAAACAAAGGCUCAGAAGGAUCCCAGGGGUGCCCAUUCUCUCUGUGCAGGGAAUGCAAUACUUUGUAGAGUCGCUUCCAGCCACUGGUGUGUUCAGAUUUUAG